AUGGAGGAUGCCAGGGAAGCAUCGGUACAUUCUGCAAGAAAAGUUGAACAUGUUAUCACAGAGAUUAAUGAUAACUUUGAGAUUCCUGCAAAUUACAAUUUUGCUGAAAUACAUAGAGAUGUUUGGCGACGUUUGUGUAGGAAAGAGUUGACGGGUGAAGACCCCUCAUUCAUUGAUCUUUAUUAUAAGACACAUUUUAUCGCCGAAUCAAAGAAAAUAUAUUUUGGGGGAGAUAAAGAGGCGCCAGUGGAUUUUGUGAAUGAGACAUCUAGGGUGGCGAUCGAAUCAUAUAACAAAGUCUUAUCUCAAAAAUACGGUGAUGAUCUGACUCAACAUGAUGUGAAUGAUCCUGAAUUGUGGACCCAAACACAGUAGCUUAGGAAAUGCGGGAAACAAAAAGGUCUUAUCAGUGGGGCAGGAUACUCUUCACUUUCUAAUGACGGGUGCAUAUUCUUAUGAGUCAACUUCAGCUUCUGCUGACUUUGCAAAGUCACAACAAGAGGUAAAUGAGUUGCGACAACAAGUGUCAAACAUGUAACAAGCCAUGGAUGAAAAAGCAAAGUCAAAUGAAUUUGCAAAUGCCAUAAAUGCGAAAUGAAAUGGAAUUGCAAGUGCAACGACACUUGGCGGCCUUUAUGAAACAAAUCAAACCGUCCGGUAAUCCACCAAGUAUUUCUUAGUUUUUGUUUUAAAACACUUAAUGAAUGUUAUGUUAUUGAUUAGUUCUUAGCUUUUGUCAUGGUAUUGUAAUGGUAUUUUGAGUAUUUGAAUGUAUGAAUGGUAUGUUAUUGAUGAUUUUAAUGUUAAUGAAUAUAAUG